CACGCUCCAUUGAGUGCAUGGAAAACGGACUAAAUCUGAGUAAGGUCUGGGGGUUGCAUCCAUGACAUUCCCUGCUUGUGCUGUUGUACUGGCGUUAUUCAGGAUGUUACCACUGGGGGAACAGAUGGAGAUCCGAGCCCAGAGACGACCCAUCCUGCCUAAUUUUACUCCCAGAACUGGGGAUUUCUGAUUGUGCGUCCCGAGCUUUCUCACUGCACACCCGCUUCUCAACAGUGUCAGGCUUCACUGGAGAUCCCAAGAAAGAAAAAAAAGCCACCUGCAAAGCAGCAGGAUGGUAGGCUCGCCGAAUCGUCUAAGGCACAGAGGUGAAUAACUGGCGGUCCUCCCUCCCACGCCCGAUUCAAAUAGUUUAAAUGUUCUUGGGGAAGAAAGACGCAGCAGGAGUAAGAAAAGUGGCGGUGCCGGGAGCCAGGCAAGGUUCGGUCAGGAGCCCUGGGCUUCGCUCCCGGUCUGGGCCCGGGCGCACCGGGCAGGUGACCGGGCCAGCCGCGCCGCGGAGAUAUCCCCGCUGUCACUCAGCGUCACCAGCCCGGACCAGCGGGACGCGCGGCCACUCGUUCGCCAGGCUCCUGGUCCAGGACCUUCGAAGUCGGAGCAACAAGCGGAGACAAGCGAGGCGAGGUGACCGAGUGGAGCCGAAGCCAGGCAUCACGUGCCCAGCUCCCACAUCUGUGAAACAUGCAGACAUCCGGGUCAAGAGUUACAACCUCAACUCCAGGGAGCGGUAUGUUUGUAACUCUGGCUUCAAGCGUAAAGCCGGGACCUCCAGCCUGACCGAGUGCGUGUUUAACAAGACUCUGAACCUCGCCCACUGGACCACUCCCAAUCUCAAGUGCAUCAGAGACGCCUCCCUGACUCACCAAAGGCCACCCUCCACAGCAGCACCGACAGGGGUGACCCCAGAGCCAGACAACCCCAACCCUUCUGGAAAAGAGCCAGCUUUUACUUCCAAGUCAGACACCACAGUGGCCACGAGGCUGGCUACUGGACCAGGCUCCAGGCUGAUGCCAUCCAAAGCUCCUUCUGCGGGGACCACAAGGGUAAUCAACAAUGAGCCCUCCCAAGUCCCAGCUCAGACAACAGCCAAGGCUCCGGAACACACCCCCUCGGCCUCGCAGGACCCGCCCGGUGCAUAUCAGUACAAUCCCAGAGCUGUGACCGCGGCUGUCUCCAUGUCGGUCACCGUGCUCUGUGGAGUCUGCGUGGUAUGUCUUCUGGUACAUUACGUACGUUACAUAAGGUCAAGGCAAGCUUACCAGAUACCCAGUGUUGAAAUGGAAAGCAUGGAGGUCGUGCCAAUGACCGGAGGAACCAGCGCCAGAGGGGAGGGCACAGAAAACUAACCACACAACCUAGGAGGCUCCAGGGGACGCCGAGGACAGCAAAGGCCACAGUGAAGGACCAGCUCUGCUCCAGCCAAAGAGGACCUAGAGAAGUCUCGGGGCGGUGGCCUCGGGGAAAAGUCCGCCAGGGUGAGAAAACAUCCUGGUACCAUUUUACCGACUGCCCAGCUCAGGCACCGCCCAUAUGAGUGGGUUCUCCGGGUUCAGGAUGGACACUCGCUCCCUGCCCUGGGGCAUAAGGCCCAGUCCCCAAAGUCCCAGCGGUGGACACUUUCCCAGGAGAGAGUGAAGGCCUCAGGUCUUCCUAUCAGGGCUUUUAUUUCAUCAUGACAUUUAUUGAGGACAGUUUAUCCACUCGACUCUCUCUCCUCUCUUCCUCACCUGGACCUGCAGUUUACAAAGAAAAGAAAUGCGCUCGAGGCUCCAAGUGAAUUACGAGGCUCCUCCUGGCUUGGGAGAUGUUUACAAGGAUGACACCAGCAUUUCAGCUCCUAAAACCUCUCUUUCAGCUAGGUGCUCUGCACACAUUGAAAGGGAGCAGAGAGAUUGUGCCCAAUGAAUCCUCUUGAUUUAAAGGUUCAGAAAGAAAACUGAACUUGGUGACAUUUUCUAUAGAUGUGCAUUUAUAUUUAUAUCCUUGUCUUUUAUAGCUACAUAUUAUAAGAUUUAUAUUUUGAAAUUGUGUCUUGUAUAAACAAAAUAAAAUGUCUAUUUUCAAUACAAAAAAAAUGCACUGAAAGAAUCACGAGAAAUGUACCACAAAUUAAAAAAGGAGAUCAGGAAUGCAGAGCCCCAAACGGUUGAGCUCAGCUUUUCUUUCUCAAAGGAGAAGAAAAAGUCUUGUCUGAAUCCAAGUCAGAUCACAGUUUUGGAGAAUUUUUAAUAGCAUUUCCACGUCAGAAGCAACGGGUGGCAGGUUGUGACCCAGGCAUGCCUGGUGUACACACUGUCUCUUUCCCUACAGUGUUCUUUUCUUUCAUACUUUGAUGCUUAUAACUUUUGUUUAUAAAAUCAUGGGCCUGGUCCCACCUCCUCAUUUUACAGAUGGGAAAACUGAGGGCUAGAGAAGUGACUUGCCCAAGGCCAUGUGGCUCAAUUAAUGCCAGAGUCUGAACAGAGUCGGGAUGGGGGCAGGUGCAGGGGUAGGUCUAUAAACCAGGUGUCAGCUGCCCCAUCACACAGCACAAGCAUACGGGAGGUGGGGCAUAGGCACAGCAACCAAUUCACAAGCUGCCAUGGCUCUCAAAGUACCAUUUCUUAUAAAUUUCUUCAUGUCAUGAAUUUAGAUGGCUUAGUCAAAAGUGAAGGAAGGGGGACUUCCCUGGUAGCACAGUGGUUUAGAAUCUGCCUGCCAAUGCAGGGGACAUGGGUUCGAGCCCUGGUCCGGGAAG